UAGAAAACCGGACACCGGCGUCCGGUCGCCCAGUCCUGUUCUGGCUUGGGGCCACAUGGAGGGGACCGUGGAGUCCCAGACUCCUGACUUGCGAGACGUGGAGGGCAAGGUGGGCAGGAAGACCCCCGAAGGGCUGCUCCGCGGGCUUCGAGGCGAGUGGGAGCUGGGAAGCUCCGGGGACGUGCUGCUCCCGGGGGCGCCCAGCACGGGCCACGGCCUUGGGGACAAGAUCAUGGCGCUGAGGAUGGAACUGGCUUACCUUCGAGCUAUCGACGUGAAGAUCCUGCAGCAGCUGGUGGCAUUGAAUGAAGGUAUCGAGGCAGUUCGCUGGCUGUUGGAAGAACGGGGAACACUGACCAGCCAUUGCAGCAGCCUCAAUAGCAGCCAGUAUAGUCUGACAGGUGGAAGCCCAGGCCGCUCAAGGCGGGGCAGUUGGGACAGCCUGCCAGAUACCAGUUUAACUGACCGCCUGGAUAGCGUUUCUAUUGGCAGCUUCUUGGACACUGUGGCCCCCAGAGAGCUGGAUGAACAAGGGCUCCCUGGGCCUUCCUGUCCUGAGAUUGGCUGGGCAAAGGUUAUACCCAGUGAAGACAGGGCCAGGACUGAUGUGGACAUGACAUCCAGCAAGCUAGGGAGCUUAACAGCUACAUGGAAGCUCCCAGGGGACGAACUCCGAGUUGGACCACCUGAGCCACCAGAGGAUGACAAUUCGAAGCAGGGCUUUGAGGCUCAUUGGUACUGGGAACAGUGCCAGGAUGAUGUGACCUUCUUGUAAAGACUUUCCUACCCAUUUGUACUUUGUGGCUCUUUCAACUUUUGGCCCAAGUCUCCGUCAGUUUUCCCUCAACUCACACUAGACAGAGGCUGUACUGUAAUCAGUUAACGUGAAAGUCUGGCCUAUCUCUUUGGUCCCUGGGGAGCCUCUGCAUUCACCCCUCAAUUAUUGGGUCCCUAGAGCUAUUUCCAUAGAGAUGUUGGCUCUAGAGGCCUCACCUGUGGCUCCUGAGGGAAGGGUAUCUCCAUGCCCCUCCCCAGUGAGGUGAGUUUUAUGGAAUUUAGGACCUCUAAGAUAUCACUAUAGAAGAGGGAAUAAUUGUCUCAUCCAAUGCCUAGGAGUCUGGGAUGCUUCUUAAAAAAAAAAAAAUGGAGAAUUGAGAAAGGACAGUCAGGGCCAAACCUGCAUGGAUUGGCCCUUUUGGAGUUGAGAGAGCAACCAUUUUCUGCCUUCUUAGUGAUGUCAUUUCUUGUCAUAAUUCAGGAAAAGUGCUUCCUCUGUACCAGUCCUGGUUGGUGUUUGAUAGGUCUGUAUACAGGUUUCACUUAAUGUGAGAGGGAACACAUAUGUCUGUGCUGUUUUUAUCAAGUUCUUACUUUCCAAACAUGGUGUUUUCAAGGCUUCACCUGUGACUAAAUCCCUGUUUCUUACCAAGUAAGAAACUCAGAGGCCUCCACCAGGCUCUCAGAUCUGCUUGGCUUACUUUACUACAGACCCCUAUCUGGCCCUGGGCCUGGGCCGGGCGUGACCACGUCCAGCUAGGCCUCUGCAUUUUUAAAAUAUGUGCCUCUGUCGUUUAGGAGUAAGGAGAGUAAAGGUUUCGGGCUCUGGACACACUCUGGGAUAGGGGGAUGAUCUUAGUCCUUUCUGUCCCUGUGUUUACUUACCCUUCCUUCAUCCUGGCCAUUCUUCCACUAUUUGGUCAUAAGGAUGCUUGCCUGAAGUUGAGACACAAGGAAUCCCUUUGUCUGAGCUACAAUGGAGGGAGUGUGACAGGAAAACACUGAGGCCCUUUGGUUCCUGGACCUCAUUAGGGCGAAGAGGCUAUGAAAAGUCCUUCUUUAGGCAAGCCCCUAACUGACUCCUGGACUUGAGGGAUAAUCAGGACUUGCUCUAAGGUUGUAUCCCAAGGUCCUAGCUAAUUAUACCAAGGAAGAAAAUCUAGGAAACUGCCAUUCUGAGGCUCAAGGAAGAGGCAGAGGGCAAAGGCUGUGAUUAAUACCUGGACAAAUGUAUGCACCACCAUACCUGGUACAUACAUUUAGUCCCAACACUCAGGAAGCAGAGACAGGUGGAUCUCUGUGAGUUCUAGGCCAACCAAGGCUAUAUACAUAGUGAGACCCAGUCUUAAAAAAACAAAGAAACCAGAAUGAAAGCUGGGCAUGGUGAGGCACGCCUGUAAUCCUAGCACUCUGGGAGGAAGAGGCAGGUGGAUCUCUCUGAAUUUGAGGCUAGUCGGGUCUACAGAGUGAGUCCGGGACAGCCAAGGCUACACAGAGAAACUCUGUCUCGAUAAAUAAAUAAACAAACAAACAAACAAAAAACUAGAAAUAGAUUAGCCCUUUGGGUCCCAGGUAACUGCCCUGUCUUUCCAGAGCCCUGAAAUUGGAUUCCUGGAGGGGGAAAGUGUUAUCUUUGUUUAGUGGGCCCUCCUGAGUUGGAGUCUUGCCCAAAUCCCAGAAUAACAGCCAUUUUCUGUUUUUCAGAAAUUCCAUGUUGGGGAAAGGGAAGGCAGUCAAGUUACGUCUACUUUCCUGUCUCCCGGCCCCAAUGCCGCAACAGUUGUUUUGCAACCACCAAAUCCCCAGCCUCUGGCUCUUCUAAAGACCCUCUUGUCCCCUGCCUUAAAGUGGUAGUGGUCAUCACUAUUCCUACAAUGACUUCAGGUGGCUGGGUCUCCUUAAUCUGUUCGUUGCCCUGGAGCUCAGGCUCUCCAUAGCUCUGGGAUUUGGAAUUUCAAAUACCCUGUCUCAGUCUGAGCCAAUCCACAGUGCU